UAUCAAGCUUGUCUAUGUCAAGUGUCCCACACCAGCCUCAUCACAUCACCUAGCAGAAGCACUGUGUUCUAUGCCGAACCUGACAGACCUGACACUUCAAAUGUAUCCCGAUGAGGAGUUCUUUUUAACAUUGAAAGCAAAUGCAUCAUUCAUACAGGUCCAGACUCUCAAGCUUUAUGAUGUCCAGUGUCCCACGCCAGUCGUGCAUCAUCACCUAGCAGAAGCACUGUGUUUUAUGCCAAACCUGACUGACCUGACACUUGAAAUGGAUCUCAAUGAGGAGUUCUUCUCUACAUUGAAAGCAAAUGCAUCAUCCAUACAGGUCAAGACUCUCAACCUUAAUGAUGUCAAGUGUCCCACGCCAGCCUCGUAUCAUCACCUAGUAGAAGCAUUGUGUGCUAUGCCAAACCUGACUGACCUGACACUUGGAAAGUUUUGCAAUGAGGAGUUCUGCUCUUCAUUGAAAGCAAAUGCAUCAUCCAUACAGGUCAAGACUCUCAACCUUAAUGAUGUCAAGUGUCCCACGCCAGCCUCGUAUCAUCACCUAGUAGAAGCAUUGUGUGCUAUGCCAAACCUGACUGACCUGACACUUGGAAAGUUUUGCAAUGAGGAGUUCUGCUCUUCAUUGAAAGCAAAUGCAUCAUCCAUACAGGUCCAGACUCUCAAGCUUUAUGAUGCCCAGUGUCCCACGCCAGCCGCGCAUCAUCAUCAUCUAGCAGAAGCACUGUGUUGUAUGCCAAACCUGACUGACCUGACACUUCAUAUGGAUCUCAAUGAGGAGUUCUACUUUUCAUUGAAAGCAAAUGCAUCAUCCAUACAGGGUUGUUUUCCUCAGAUUAGGAAGGGAAACUUCAGGUUCAAUGGAGUUGCUCAAGAUGACUUGAACUCAUUUCUUCACACCCUCUCAUGUAUGCCAAGCUUACUUGACUCAGACGGCUCAAGUGAAUUGGAUGGCUCGGCCAACUCGGGCAACUCAAAUGACUCAGACGGCUCAAUUGACUCGGACGCCCCAGCCAACUCAGGCAACUCCAAUGACUCGGACGGCUCAAGUGACUCAGAUGCCCCGGCCAACUCAGGCAACUCAAAUGCCUCGGACGGCUCAAGUGACUCAGAUGCCCCGGCCAACUCAGGCAACUCAAAUGACUCGGACGGCUCAAGUGACUCAGAUGCCCCGGCCAACUCAGGCAACUCAAAUGCCUCGGACAACUCGGCCGACUGUGGCAACUCAAAUAACUUGGAUUGCUCGGCUGACAUGGCUAACAUCAGUGUUACCACUGAUGUACACUCUUCAAGAAGGGCAUUGCCACCAUCAGACCACCCUCAACACCAACCCAUGGGUGAUGUACACUCUUCAAGAAGGGCAUUACCACCAUCAUACCACCCUCAACACCAACCCAUGGGUGAUGUACACUCUCCAAGAAGGACAUUACCACCAUCAGACCAUCCUCAACACCAACCCAUGGGGGAUGUACACUAUCCAAGAUGGACAUUACCACCAUCAUACCACCCUCAACACCAACCCAUGGGUGAUGUACACUCUUCAAGAAGGGCAUUGCCACCAUCAGACCACCCUCAACACCAACCUAUGGAUGAUGUACACUCUUCAAGAAUGACAAUACCUUCAUCAGACCACCCUCAACAGCAUGUUGGCAAUACAUCAGAUGAUGUAUGGCAAUUCUCUCAGACACACAGAGAAGGUAGCAGUAGUCAGAACAGGCCUUACAAGAGGAAAGCUCCUUCUACUCAGUCAAGAGUUCCACAGGAUGAUCCUGAAAUUCCAGAGAAGCAAUCAAAGUAUGUAGUCUAGUUGCUAUGGUAUCGAUAGAGUAAGACAGUGUCCCAGUGGUAACACUUCAUCUUGACUUUGUGUAUGUAUGAUUCAGGGCUUCACACUAACUUCUUUUUUAGAAAAGAGGUUCAGAUUUAACUUUUUACACUCUGUAUGCAUGAGUCCUAAGAA